AUGCUUCAGCGUGCUACCGCCCCUCUGAUGGGCUUGCGAACCGGUGCAAUUCGCUCCCUGGCCACCCACGCUUCCGCUGGUCCCAUCACUUACACCGACGCUCCUGCAUCCAAGCCUGCCACUUUGCAUCUCAAGUCCGGCGAAUCCUUCACCGGUCGCUCCUUUGGUGCUCCUCGCAGCGUCUUUGGUGAGACCGUGUUCACCACCUCCAUCACCUCGUACACCGAGUCGCUCACCGACCCCUCGUACCAGGGUCAGAUCCUCACCUUUACCCAGCCUCUUAUGGGCAACUACGGUGUGCCUGACAACGGUAGCACUCAGUCUCCCGUCGAGCACCCCGCCGACGUCGACGUCGGUGCUUUCCUCGAAUCCAACAAGGUCCAGGCCGCCGGUGUCAUUGUCUCCAACCUCGCAGAGCGCUUCUCGCACUACCUUGCCAAAGAGUCGCUCGCCACCUGGUGCGCGCGUCACAAUGUCCCCGGUCUCUUUGGCGUCGACACUCGUGCCAUCACUUCGCUUCUUCGAGACCAGGGCUCCACCCUCGGUGCCCUCCUCGUCGGCGAUGGUCACGACAAGGCACCUGCUGUCGGCGACUACAUCGACCCCAUGGCCGAGAACCUGAUCGCCAAGGUCUCGACCAAGGAGCCUUACGUGCUCCACCCCGUCGGUGGUGCCAAAGCCGCUCGCGCCCACGUCGCACUUAUGGACUUUGGCUGCAAGGCCAACAUCCUCCGUUCGCUCCUUCGCCGCGGAGCCUCGGUCACCGUCCUUCCCUGGGACUACGACUUUAACAAGGUGCGCGAUGGCUUUGACGGCCUCUUCCUCUCCAACGGUCCUGGCUCCCCCUACUCGAUCGAGCCUGCGCUCAACAUGGCUCGCAAGGCAGUCGCCGAAUGGGAUCGCCCCAUCUUUGGAAUCUGCAUGGGUCACCAGGUGAUCGGCAUCGCCGCAGGUGUCGAGGCCUACCGCAUGAAGUUCGGCAACCGAGGUCACAACCAACCCGUCGUGGCGCUCAAGUCGGCCGGAAACUUUGUCAAGCGUGGUCGCGUCUACAUCACCUCCCAGAACCACGGCUACGCACUCACCCCGGAUGAGAGCAAGUGGCCUCAGGGAUGGCAGCCCUGGUUCGUCAAUGCCAACGACUCGUCGGUCGAGGGCAUCAUCCGCACCGAGUUGAACGAGCAGAGGGCUAUGGUAUGGGGUGUACAGUUCCACCCGGAGCACGCCGGUGGUCCGGAGGACACCAACGGCAUCUUUGAAGACUUUGUCGAGGAGGUGGUCAGAAUCAAGGGCAGUCAGGGCAGGGAAGUCGGGAACGGUCUGCCCGAGGAUAUCAAGGUCAAGCAAGGUGCUCCCGCUUUCCCUGCUGCCGAGUAUGGUGUCGUCGGUCAGAGCCCUGCUCACCUCUAG